UCAUUUGUCAGAUUUCGAUGGCCGCAAUGUUGUGAAUUUUAUAUUUCGCGUAGUGUUUACUUGGCAAAUUUUAUUACUUUCCGCGUAUACAACGUCACCGGGUCUACGUCCGUCCGCCGUAAACUAUAUGUAACGCGCUAUUCUUAUUAGAAAUGCGAUGGAAACGUGCGCGUAACGAACGCGUAAGGCCGUUUUCUUAUGCGGUAAACGUAUCAUAACGUUUGUUUUCUAUGUGAUGCUACUGCUAAUCAGAGGCUAACGAUGCCUUUUAAACUGUUGAAGAAGACGCGGCAGUACAACGUAGCAUCGAAAAGCCUGUUCGUGAUCAGUGUAGAGUUGUUAGAUGGUGGUGUAGCGGAUUGCACGCUGUCGGUUGAUUCUACGGGGCAGGAAUGUCUGGACAACGUGUGCCAGCGGCAGGCGAUCAACCAGCCGGAGUUCUUCGGGCUCCGCUACGUGAACAGGCAGCAGCAGCCGCGAUGGGUGCAGUUGGAGCGUCCUUUAAAGCGUCAGUUGGACAAAUACGCGUCUUCCCACCAAUUGUACCUGCGUGUGAUGUACUAUGUGAUAUCCGGUACGAGUUUAAUAACAGAUGAAGUCACUCGUAACCACUAUUUCCUGCAGCUAAAGAAUGAUUUAGUGGAAGGACGGAUAAUCUGUGAUUGUCAGCAAGCAGUUGUGUUAGCUUCGUACAGUCGACAAGCAGAAUACGGUAACCAUGACCGGGAGCGGCAUACGGUAGAAUACUUGAAGAAUUUGCUGACGUUUCCGAAGCAGAUGCUAGAUAACGGGCAGUUGAUUGAUGCAAGUACAUUAGCUGAGACGGGGAAGUUGGAAUGGCUGACGGCUGCAGUCAUACAGCAUCAUAUGGCAUUGCAUAAUAUGUCUCAGGCUCAAGCGGAAGAAGGUUUCAUCACGACAUGCCAACAACUGCGGGGUUACGGUCAGGAGCUGUUCUCGGCGAAGGACGCGGGCACGAGCGAGGAGGUCACUAUCGCCGUGUCGCUCACCGGCAUCCGAGUGCUGAGCGAGCAUAGCGACACGCCGCAUUUCUACAGGUGGUCAGACAUCACAAUAGUGAUAAACCGCAAGCGAACGUUCAGCAUCGAAUGCCAGCGAGCGAACGAGUCGGCCUCGUUCCUGCUACCGAGUCCGGAGGCCGGCAAAUAUGUGUGGAGGAGCUGUGUGCUGCAACAUACGUUCCAUAUGAGGCAUCAGCAGGCGUUGAACGCGCCGCAUGACACCACUACUAACUUCCAGCAGGAGAUUGGCCUCUCAGACAGCCGCGAAGAACUGGACUCCAGAGAAGCCAGCAGUUCACGUCUAGAGUCUAGUCUGAGCCUGUCUCAUCGGGCACACUCCACCUCCUGUCUCGAGCUGAGAGACGCACUUCCACCACGAGCCAGAGUCCAACUACCACAGUACCGUCCCGCGCCCGACUACGAAACCGCCGUCCAACAGAAAUACCAACAACAACGCGCUGAAGCACAACUACGCUACCAAAACCACGCCGUCGCCAAACCUCUCGCCUACGGCUCGCAUCCCGACAUACACCGCAUACACUACCCAGACGUUACUAGACAUACAAUAAACCAGGCGGCCGCUACUGAUGACUACCUAUAUGGUCUUAAAUACAUGAAUAACUAUCAGAUAGCUGUCCAUCCAGACGUCAAACCAAUGCAUUAUGUCAACGUAUACAAACCACCCCCACCUUACCCGUCUAAUGGACUAGCUUCUAACUCAACACCUGACUUAGCCGUUGCCAGCCAAGCCUUGAACUACCAUAGGGGUUAUAUCAAUUCUCAUGUAUCCGGAUCUAGUCCUGACUUAGUCUCAACCAGAACUGCUUUAAACCGACUAGGUUAUAUACCUAAUCCUGUGGUCAAUUAUCGACCUAAUGCUAUGCCACAUGGGACGUAUAAUAAUUUAAAUUCAGUGCUAAAUCACAAUCCGCAUCACAUGAUCGAUCAGCAUAUUUCUGAUAACAUACAGAAGGUAUAUGACGAGAGAGGGAAUAUUAUGUAUUCUAUGCCAAUGCAUAGACUAAAUUAUCAAAGGCAUUUAGUGUUGCCACAACAGCAGAUAGCUUCGGGUAAACUAAGCGAUACUCAAGAACCUAUUUAUGAAAAUGUACCUUUACCGUGGCAAGAUAAAGUCACUAUGCGAGAUCGAGCGCAAAGUCUAACAACUACAGAUGAAAUAAAUAGACUAAACGAGAGAAACGGCAGUCAUCCGACUAUUAAUAAAUAUGGGAACCAUUCAAAACCUUUACUAAACGUGCCUUAUCAAAUAAAAGUCGAACCUGAUAGUCACUACGUAAACGCACAAAUAAUAAAAGGUGUCCGCGAAUCUAGCGUACCAAAAGACUUGAACAUAUCUAAUAGGUCUAUUAAUAAAGAUGAAUUCGAAAACGUCGCUCUAUCGAUCGACAAAAUAUCUCUCAAAGACGAUAAUAAUUACGAUGAAACUCCGUACCAGAGUCUCUCAACUCACCGCGUUUCGAAUAACAAUACGAUAAGUAAAACGAACGAUAACGUAACAAGUAUAAGCGUGCCUGACAUACGCGUAAACGACUCGGCUUUGUCAAGUUCUGUCAUGAACUCGACAUAUAGCACUAGCGUCGAGUUAGACUCGACUAAAAACAGUGUUACUAUGAAUGUGAGUAGUAAUACUAGUAAUAGUAACGCAAGUAAAGAGAAGAAACGGAGACGAUGGGGUGUGUUCAUGGGGAGGAAGGAGGUGAAAAGUGCGACCCUGGGGAGGGAUAGAGCGAAGCCGCAGCCCCAGCCGGCGAACAAGCACCGGUGGUCGACAGGCCUGCCCAAGUUUCAGCCGUUACCGCCUAGUAUUACCAAAGAAACUAUGUGCCAACUCUUAGAACGCAAAAUGUCCGACGACCAACUUUCAUUCGCGUUCGAGCAGAUCCCCAAAGGCCGAGCCACGGGCGGCUCGGUCCGAACAGCGUUACUACCUCAACACGCCGCGCUCAACGGUCUGAGCACGGACGAUUUACCCUACGAGGAUAAUAGGGUGAAGUUGCAUCCUACACCAGCCAACCCACAUGGGUAUAUGAACGCGUCACAUAUCACGAUGACGGUAGGCAGUACGCAGCGCUUCUACGUGGUGGCGAAGGUGGACCACAACGUUCCGGCCGCCAUGCUAUGGGAAUGCGCGUGGCAGGUUGGCAGUAGACUACUGGCCCGCGUGGGCGCUGAAAGACCACAUUAUUUACCGCCUGAAGACUGUACCGCUGACAUCGGCAAGUUCCAAGUAACAUCAAUGCGCGAAUCCCGCGCUUGUUGGGGCGGCUCGGUGCAGCUGCGCGUGCGCUGCGGCGGCCGCUCGCGGACAGUGUGGCACGUCCAUUACCGGCUGUGGAACGAACCGGCGCCCGAACUAGUUCAGCCAUUCCUUGAGUUCUUGGCGGAACUAAACGGUCUCCGCCUAGCGUGUGAGACGGAGGCGGACGCGCUGGGCGGCCACAACGCGCCGCUGCUCGUGAGCUGCGCGGGCGGUACUUCCCGCGCCGGCCUCGCCACGGCUGCUGCGUUACUGCUGCACAUUGUCGACUGUAACCAGGAGAUCGACAUCCCCCGCACCAUAGGCCUGUUGCACCAGCAACGAGCCAAUCUCAUCAGCAACGUGCAACAAUACAAGUUCCUGCAUCAACUGCUCCUGCACUAUCUCAAGCAAUCUCGACUCAUUUAAAUCUAUCUCGAGGUAUUUAGACCACGGUCCUGACCCAUUUAGACUACGGUCCAGUGUUCAAACCAUGGUCCGAAGUAUUAACCCUUUGAACCAGGGACAUAUUAAACUAUGCUGGGCCCCUUGGGCACAUAAGAAUUUGGGGCCCUUUUGGAAAGAAAAGAAAGCGAAUUAAACUAAAAAUUUUCUACAUCAUCUUCUAUUUAUUAUGGGUAAUCAAAUAUACUGUUACUAUGUGUCCUUCGGGGCCCCCUGAGGAUGCCCUUAUGGUAAAGGCGGCACUACUUUGAACGCUUUACAUCAUAUACAAGAACGUCACUUACACGCCAAGGACACGCAAGCGAGCGAAUGUAAUCCUUACUUGAAAGUGUAAAGGUUACUUUUACUUUGACAGCGUGCGCAAUAAAACGUAUAGUUGGCCAUGGCGCUGUGGGCAUCACUAGUUACGACGCCUUUAGGUGUUCUUGGCGUUCAAAAGCUUAAAUUCGCUGUCCCAAGGUAUUUGGAUCACGGUCGCGAGGUAUUAGUCCACGGUACUUAGGUAUUUCAGACCACGGUCACGACUCAUUGAGACCGCGGCCAUGCUGCAUUUUGACAGCUGCGGAAAUUAUGGACCAGUUGACAAGGCGUUUGAACUAACAGAAAAAAUUAAGACCAAUAGAGAAACUAAAUGUUUAUUAAUGUUUAGUUGUAGGUAUGUGAAAAACCGACAACCGACUGGUAGGUCAAAUCGAGCCGUUUAUACAGCAUAUAAAAAAGGAGUGAGAUUUUUACUUUCAUGAAGGAAGCCGAGAUUUCCAGGGUUUUAGAUCAUGAUACAGUUACAAAAGGGACAAGGUAAACAGAGGUAAUCCACGAUAUUAACAGGUUUUUGAUAAUUAUGACAUUUAUUACUCCUGCGAUGUAUCUGUAACGAAAAUAUUUUGUCGCGUUUCCGCAGAACAUUUACGAAAAAUAAAUAUAAAUUCUAUAUAAAAAUUAUAUUGAUAUUCAUUUUGUUUUGUAAUUAAUCAAAAACUACCUUCUAAAACAAGAAAAUAAUAUCGCAUGCUGUUUUUGUAAGCGCCCUUCGAUUGAAAAUGUUUUCAAGAAAUUAACUUUGUAUUUAUUAAUAUUUUAUAUUCAAAACGAGAUUGUAAAGUAUAAUGAAAUGAAUUGUUGUGCAUAUUUGAUUGAUAAUUUUAUAGCCCUACGGCGUUGUAUGAAUUGUUUUACUGUUGUAUGAGACGCAUGCAGUAUUGUAUUGUUAUUAAAAUUAAGUGAGUUUUUAUAUUGUGCCUUUAUAGUUUGACACUAUCGAUAUAAUAAUGACUCGGUGUAUAAGUAAUAAUAGUUUAUGUGACUGCUACAUAAUGAAUGGAAUUAAAAUACGAGUGUGGGUUUAUGAACAUCACACGAGUGACCUGUCAAUGUUUAGAAGAAAAGUGGAAGCUAAUAAUCGUGUCAUUAUUAUGUGAUAGUGUCACAAUAAUUUCUAAUUUGAUCUGCUCAAAAAAAUAUUCAUAAUUAGUAGGUAUGUUAGUGGGCAUAUAAGUUUAUCAUAGUACUUCUAAUCGUAAAUAUAACUAUAACUACAACAUUUUAUAAUUAAUGAUAAUGAAUAGAUACAGCCUAAUUUGUAAGGCCUGUGCACACCGCUUACAUAUGCUGACGUGACAGACGUGCACCUGAGCGUUGUAAUAUACAGAUGCUUAUGAGAAGUGGCACACCGUUUGCGUGACGUGUGCGUGCACGGCUCCAAGAUUUUAGCGCGCACGCGCGUGCACGUCUGCGGACACGCUGCCGUUGUGUUCUGGCCGGUAUUAUAUGUUACUUAUUUGCAAAACUGAAUUAGUUAAGAUUACAUUUUUGCUGUAAAACUAGUCAAAUGUUUUGGAAAUAAGUCACAAAUACCUAAAGCUCAAUUUAUAUAUUAGUUGUUAGCAGAUCAAAUUUACUAAAGCGUUGUAAAAUAAGCUCUAACAUCUUUAUCUUAAGACGUAUUUUAAGAAAUCGUGUGCCUUAACUCGGAGAUUAUAAUAGGGAUCUGAAGUUAUUCUCGUGUGCCUUCGUAGUUAGUUAAUUUUUAAUUGAAUUUUAUAAACUUAUUAAUGUUUUUUAUACAUUUUUGGCUACAAUUUGUUAGUAAUUUAAUAAACUGUUGUAUAACUACGUGUCACAAUUACAGUUCGGCAGAGAUAAAUAUAAACG